UCCCCCGGCGGAAGCGGCGGUUGCCCGGAGCGCGGCGGCUCCGCGGAAUCGGGCUCGUAGCAGCACAAAGCCGAACAACAAAGCUCCAGCUCCGCAUGAGGCUGCAGCUCCCCGGCCGGGCGCGCAGCUCCGGUGGGCGGCACCGAGCUCUGCUGGAAGAGGUCCUCCUUUCACUCUGUCAUUUUGCACCCAAAUUACUGGCUUUGGAGGAGAGUUCAGAUCGAGAUCAGAUAGACAGAGACAGCAGAAUGUGUGAAGGGCCAUCCAAGAUUUCUGGACCCAUUCCUCCAGACCCUACGCUCUUCCCAAACUAUUACAGACGCCCUUUCUCAGCUCGAGGGAGGCUGGAAGGCAAUGCUCAGCAGUUGGAUUUUACCUCUCGCCCCACGGACUCAGCUCCCAGCUCACCCCGUGCUUUGAGAGGUGCCCACCAGCCCCAGCCAGCGCCUCGCAUCCGCCCCAGCGGAAGGGACUUUUUGGAGAAGGGGCAGAAGGGGACGCUCGGCCUCCUGCUGCAGCUCGAUGGGCUCUCUCUCGGUGGGGGUCUGCCAGCAAAGAGGAAAGAGUCCAAGGACCAUGAGAAGGAAAACGUGAGGCGAAUAAAGGAGAUUCAGAAGAAAUGCAAAGAGAGGGAGCGGGCCCAGGAGCGCAGCCAGCCCAAACCUGUGAAAGCUCUGUGGAAAUCCCAGAAAUACGAAAACGUGGAGUCAAAGGUGAAGGCCAGACUGCAGGAGAGCUCUCCACCUCCAAACCCAGAGGCUGUGAAUUUCCUGCGGGCGUACUCUCGCUGCGGCCCUGGGAUCAGGCCAGGCAGACCUCUGUCCCCAAGACCUGCCAGCAUGAAGGCAGGAACAGGCACUGAGGCUCUGCAGACGCCGGCUGCUGAAACCAAGUUGCAGGUGGAGGGCAACAGCAUUGACUUCAUCAAGCACAAUGCUCGCAAUGCCAAGCGGGCCCCGCUGCGGCGCUCCCAGUCCCUGCAGGCCCUGGCUGAGCUGCUGGGACAGAAGCAGCGGGAGCAGGAGGAGUACAACGCCAAGCAGAAGGGCCACAUCCCCCAGUACCUGCUGGAGAGGAAGGAGCAGUGGCGCAGGCAGAUGGAGGAGCAGCUGCGAAGCCGGCCGGAUCCUGACACGCCGCCUGGCCACACCAUGAUGCCUGAGGGCCAGAGGCUGGAGAUGCUCGGCAGCCUGAAGCAGAGCCAGGAGCAGCUGAUAAAGGACCUGGUGAUGCUGCCGAUGCGUGCAGACACCCUCAGCAUUCAGAAGAGGCGAGUAGAGCUCGAGAGGAAGCUCUCCCAGAUUGAAGAGGCACUCAAAAUUUUCUCCAGGCCCAAAGUCUUCAUCAAGCUGGACUCCUGAGCCCAUGGGGCUGCAAGCAGUGUGCUGCUCUGCGUGAGCAUCCCAGGGAAGGGAAGGAGAGGAAGACAAUCGAGGACCCUGCACCCGUAGUGCUGUCAGUACUGUGUCCAACACGCAGUUGGCACCUCUUGCUCUUGCUCCCAGGGCACAUCCAGGGAAAUGGGAGGGAGAGGAGCUAAUUGACUCUGCUGUGCAGUGUGGAGAACAGUUGUCCCCGUGCUGGUUGACUUCUCACAGAGAUCAGCUGUCUGCUUGGAAUUGAUGGCACAGAUCUUGUGGUUUCUUAUUUUUCCAUUUCUAGAAACUGGCAGGAGGUCCCCCGUGCUGCUGCUCUGCUGUUGGUUGUCCUUCUCUUUCUCCCAGGGCACUGCAGGCUUCGCUGCACACAGGGCCUUUGCUCUGGGCUCUGUGCUGACCCAUCCCAAGCACGCAGCCGGUGCCUUUGUCCCCUCUGUCCUGCUGCAUGCGCUCGGUAGCUCAAGGACAGCAAAAAGGCACAGAGCUCCAGUGCUUCCUGCUAAGAGAAGGGCUGGGGUGGAAGCAGGGGAAGCUGGUGAGGUGUCUGGAGCUGUUGUUGUCUGUGGGGUGGGAUGCACUUCAAUAAAGUUGUAGUUUUCCUCC